AUUGCGUGUAUUACAUAUAAUCAUUAAAUGAUUUGUGUCUUUUGCAGAACACAGACUCUGAUUGAGGAAGGACGAUGUGAUGUGGUGACCAAGGAGAAAAUCGACAAGGUCGUCCUGGACAAUGUCAGGUUGAUCAGUGAGGUCUCCCUGAUGAUAAUCCUUCCUGCGCUCUCUCGUAUUGCAGAAACAGAGCCAGAGUCGUAUCUGCAUCCAUCCCCAGAUUCGUCUGCGUCUGAGUACCUGGUGGACUUGAUUCAACCAAGACCCUGGAGGCCACUGGACUACUUCUUUGAAACGACAGAUGAAUUACUGCUAGAAAAAGUGGUGGGUGCCUUUGACCAGAUACCCAGGGAGCUCUUCUCUGGCCAUGACUGCUUGUACACUGACUCCCCUGAGCUCCCUUCAGCUUUGAUCCAAGAAGUCCUGUAUCAGGUCAACACAGCAAUGCGAGCGGCCUGGGAGAAGAAGACGUCGAGAGACCAUCCACUGAAGAAUUUUUACAUCAUGGAUGAGUUCUGUAAUAAGGCAGGGGAUCUGCUGGAGUUCACCAUCUGUGACAUAGUGAACUUUUUUCGUGUUGUACGGCCGUGGCGAGACGAGAGUUUCUACGAUCUGGAGUUGAUGACACAGCAGGUCACGACUGCCUUAUCUCAAACUGUGAACAAGAGUUCGUACUUGGAGGAAAGAAAUCUAGCCUUACUAGACAGGCUGUCUGCGGCAAGAGAUCGGCUUCGGUACCUGAGCGACAAACACGAAUUUGUCAAGAGUCUACCGUCAACAGAGUCCUCACUGAGUGCUGAGAGCACAGCAUCAACGCCAGAGUCCUCAGUAAGCACAGAAGAGGACAAUGAACAUUUUUCAGAUGGAGAAACACAGUCCUGUGUCUCCUCUGAGUUUAGAACCGUCGUGGACAGCCGUGGUUCGCCUCUGGAGGAAGCUCCAGAUUCCAGAUCUGACACUGCUGUUGAAGGAGCCAGGUUCACAACACUGCUGCUGGUCAGACUCCUGUCAAAGUACACCCAGCAGGACAUGGCUCACAACACUCAGUCCUCCAACGAAGCAGUCUGCAAGAUCAUUGGAAACAUCAUGGCAAUUUCUUCAACAUCAGGAAGCGCCCAGGUUUUGCAGACUCAAGAUAUAUUUGGGAAGGUUUACAAGGAGAUCGUUGACGAGUUGGGCACAGAGACGAUCCUAGAGGUGACCGCUGAGUCGCAAGAUUUAGCAUUUGACAGAGUGCUGGUCAGAGCUCUGUCAAAAGUGCUCACGGAGGCCGACAUCAAGAUGGAGGGGAGUCAGCGUCCUCCUCAGAGUGAGGAGGAGAAAAAGACAAAGGGAGGAAGAUUCAAGCUCCGCAUCCCUAAGCUGACGUUUAGAAAAAAGAAAUCAACAGACCCUGCAGCUUCAUCCAGUGCCCCGGAAAAAAAGACCCAGAAACCUACCCUCAUGAAGAGGAUUCUCGGCGUCUUCAAGAGAAGCUACUUCUAAUUCUGUUCAAGACUUUGCUCCUCCCAAACCAUGAACAAGUCUUGAUGAUGAAACAUAAUAAA